AUUUUAAAGAUCAAAAUAUUACUAUAAAAACAAAUACAUCAUUUAGUGCAAAAUUAAUAUUUUCUAAAACAAAGAAAGAAUUAUUUUUAUUAAAAAAUUAUAUUGAACUCUCUAAUGAUAUUUUAGAAGAAAUAACUAUUGAAAAAGAGACAGUUGAACCUACUAGUAAAUUAAUUGAUGAAAUAAGAAAAGCUUUAGAACAUCAUGACCCCUAUAACAAAUUAAUAGAUAUAUUUAAUAGUUAUGGUCAUUUUAUACCAAAAAAAAUGAUUUUUGAACAUAAAUUAUAUAGAAAGACCUGCUUAACUGCAGAUAAAAGUUUAUCAGAAUUAAUUGAUAAGAUUGAAAUAAAAUAG